UUUCUUUUUAUAUUUUUUUGUAUGAACCCCCAAAUACUAACUUUAAACAAAUUCCAAAAAUCACCACAAUUCCUUCUCUCCUUUUACUCUAAAUCUAACAAUUUAAUUAAAUACAUAAAAAGUUGAAGUAUACACAUUUUUAGAAUUAAGAAGAAAACUAGAGAGGACGGAGGGCACAAAAAUGAAACUUUUUAAAAUUUUCUCGAAUUUUUUUAAAUUUUUUGUGCCCGAUAUUUUAAAUCAAUUCGAUGUGAAUUUUUCUUUUUUUUCAAAUUUUUUUAAAAAUAGGUUAAAAAAAUUUAGGGUUAGUUCACGACCGUUUUCUAUUUACUUGCCAAUUUUCCACUCCCCUAAUUUUCUACUCCCCUAUACUUGCCAACAGUGCUGGGUAUGGCUCCGGGAGCUAGCUCCGGAGCCCGGCUCCGGAGCCGGCUCCGGCGGAGCCGGAGCUAAGAUUUUGGAAACCCCGGAGCCGGAGCCAAGAAUUUCAAACCCCGGAGCCGGAGCCGGAGCCAAGGUUUUCCAAUUCCCCACGGCUCCGGCUAUACACCCCUAA